CUGGCAGUUCAACAACUACAGCAUUGUGGAGCAGGUAGCAUUGCAGCAAUGCUGUAAUUUCUUAUUAUCCACUAACUUGGACAGACAUGGGAAGUCUUAGAUGGACUGUACUGGUCAUUUCCAUGACAUGCAUCCAGAUGCCUUUAUGUUUCAGCCAUUCUGAAGAUAUUGGAGAAUAUAUUGGAUCAAACAUUGAAAUAUCCUGGGUGCCUAACUUGGAUGACUUGAUGAAAGGAUAUGCAAGAAAUUUUCGACCUCGAAUUGGAGGUGCCCCUGUGAUUGUUGCUGUAGAUGUUGAAGUCACAAGCAUUGAUCACAUAUCAGAAGUAAACAUGGAGUACACCAUGACAGUUUUCCUCCAUCAAAGCUGGCGAGAUGAAAGACUCUCUUACAAUCAUACCAACAAGACUCUUGGCCUGGACAGCAGAUUUGUUGAGAAACUUUGGCUUCCUGAUACUUUUAUUGUAAAUGCCAAAUCUGCCUGGUUUCAUGAUGUCACUGUGGAAAACAAGUUAAUCCGUCUGCAGCCAGAUGGUGUCAUCUUAUACAGCAGCAGAAUCACAUCAACAGUGUCCUGUGACAUGGAUCUAACGAAGUAUCCCAUGGAUGAACAAGAAUGUAUGCUGGAACUAGAAAGUUAUGGCUAUUCUUCAGAAGAUAUUCUGUACCGAUGGUCAGAAAACCAAGAAAAGAAUCACGGGUUGGAUAAAAUUGAGCUGGCACAGUUUACAGUUACUAACUACAGAUUCACAAAAAAUGAGAUGAUUUUGAAAUCAGCUGGUGAGUUUCCCAGACUGAGCCUACAUUUCCAUCUAAGAAGAAAUAGAGGUGUUUACAUUAUAGAAUCCUAUGUACCUUCCAUCCUACUAGUUGCCAUGUCAUGGGUUUCCUUCUGGAUCAGCCAGGCGGCUGUUCCUGCCAGAGUUUCCUUAGGUAUCACUACUGUACUCACCAUGACAACUCUGAUGGUUAGUGCUCGAUCCUCUUUGCCAAGGGCAUCUGCCGUUAAAGCUCUGGAUGUCUACUUCCUGAUAUGCUAUGUAUUUGUAUUUGCUGCCCUGGUGGAAUAUGCUUUUGCUCACUACAGUGCAGACUACAUAAAAAAGGAGAAAGUGAAGACUAAAGCCAGCAAGAAGAACAAACAGGUACCAAUGAAUGAAGGACAACAUGCCAUUGUUUUACUUUCCCUUUCAAUAUUAGGAAUGGAUCAGUGUUUAAACCUUAUCAACAAACACCCCUUUGCUACCCAAAAUGAAGCCAGAUUAGAAGGAACUGGAAAAGAAAAACUACAGAUCUGCCAUGAAUCUAAACACGGGAAGCAAAGCCGAUUGAAAUCAUUACUGAGGCCUAUUGAGGCAGAUACAAUUGAUGUUUAUUCCAGGGCUGUUUUCCCAGCAGCCUUUGUAGCCGUCAAUAUUAUAUACUGGGUAGCUUACACAAAAUGAAGCAAUAAAGUGUCUCAGUUGCACCCUGUCUGUUCCUAUGGGAAGUAAACACAAAAGGAAACAAUUUGGCUUAAGCAGCUGCAAAACAUUGACAUUGCAAAAAGAUUUAUUCUAGAUGGAUAAAAAGUGAGAGCAUGUAAUGAGCCCCAAGUAUUGCUUGAGAUGCUGUUUUCUGUUUGCUUUUAGUUCCCAGAUGUUGCCUUUGUGAUAAACAUUAUGUCUUAUAUAACAAAGUGUUCCCACUCAAGCUCAACGGCACAAUAACUCCUAUCUCAUAGAAUAAGCCUUUAAGUGCACAGUUAGGAGUAAUUGUACACAACAAUCAGAUGAUGCUCAAGUUUGCUUACCCCAGCUUUUCAUAAUCCCGGGGAAUUUGUUCUUAGCGUGUUUUUCUACUUUUAAGUGCUUUUAAAGAUUUGUUGGUGAAUGAUUCACUGUUAUAUUUGGAAUGGAACAGUCUUCAUAUUUUUUAACUGCUUUGGAACGGAUUAGUUUUAGAUCCCUGUAUGUUUAUAAUAGCUUUACCAUAGUUAAACCAUAGUACAACUGCUCUGUGCAGAAAAUACAAUCUGCCCACACCCAGUUGUGAUCUGAACAUUCAGCCCCAGAGCCAAACUAUGCAGUGGUAAGGCCUAUGUUUGAAUCUGGUGGGUCAUGUACUAAUUACGCACAUAUGGGGGUCUGCUCCUAAGAUGAGCAUUAGUCUUGAUGACUGACACUGAUUCUACCUGAUCAGAUAUUGUUGCCCAGAAUGAAUGGCCGAGGGCCCUACAUAUGGUCAGCUGUUUCUGUUAUUUGCCCACCAUCUUGUUCUGUGUGUGGCCAGUGCAGUUUUCAGGUAAGUCAUUACCAUCCUUGGGGGGUGCCCUAAAAAUUGGCACCCCCCUAUCGAUUGGAGCUUUCUUUCUCCUUUUUAAAAACUUGGGGUAACAACUGCAAAAUGAUUAGCAUGGGGUAGAAAGGUACCAAAAACACGCAACUCUGAAUUAAACACGCAAGACAAUUUUGCUUGCAAUUAGUCAUGUGUGCCUCUAGAAUUUUCUUUUAUGAGCAUCUGUGAGGUGGCCGAACAUCUACCUCAAUGCACCAGGUAUCUGUGACUUUAUUUAAGUUAAGGUGUGCGAGAGCCAACUUUCUUGCAAAGAUGUCAUACUUGCCAUUAAGAGUAAUGCUAUUUUGGUUUCAUUAUGAGAUAGUUCAAAUUUCUAACAUCAUCCAAACACUGAAUAACUAGCUACAUAGAUGUGGUUCUAAAACAAUAUCUUGCCCUAACCCUCCUAUUAGUCUUUCAAUAGCAAUAUCAGUUAGGCCAGUGGCUUUAUGUUUUAUCUAAAACAUAACAUUUGACCAGUAUUUUCCUAAUUAUAGCUAAUUACAGGGAUGCACUAGUGCUCUGCCUUAUCAGUUGUCUGAAGGGUGUGGAUCUAUGUCACUGGUCACUUGUCAGAGCUGAGGAAAGUCAGUGAGUAUCCACCAAACCAAAUCAGCUUCUCUUCUCUUGUCUCUAUGAGUUAUCUUCACAGACUAGAAUGAACAAGCUGUAAAUGAACAUUUCUGCAAGAAUUGCAAAAAGGUAUGUCAUUAUUGUGGCUUGACUUCAAAAUAAUACAAGACUUCAAGAAUAAUAACAUUGUUAAAGUAAGACAAUUUAUGGGGUUUUUGUAGCUGGGUUCCUUUUUUACCCCUACAGCUACCUUGAAAUAGAUACUGUACAUGGGUAUGUCUGCAACAUAUUAAUAUCCAGUGACUUUGUAUCGAAGGAUUACACCUAUGGUCAAUGCCUUUUCAAUCCAUUUAUUGCAGCAGAAAAAAAAACAGCACAAGCUUUCUGGGGAUAUCCCGAAUAAUAUAAUAUUAAUAAUAUUUAAUCAAAUAAUAUUUAAAUUAAAUCAGUUAAGUAUUUUCCUAGAUUUAACUGAAUCAUAGACAGUCAGUAGACAAUUUAUGGGGUUUUGGUAGCUGAGUUCCGUUUUUAACUACAAUGUCUACCAUAAAAUACAUACAUAGGUAUGUUUGCAACAUAAUAAUACAAAUAAUAUUUAAAUCAAAACAAUGUA